UUAUAAUUUAUAACAGCUAUUCUGUUCUUACUUCCUCAGUGUUAGGACUUGGGAGACAUCCUCAAAUUCUCUCUGGGGAACAAUAUUUCUUAUUUUGGGGCUUUAAUUAUAUUGGGUUGCCUGCUAAUCUGAGAAAUUAAGAAAUGGAUGAUGAGUAUGCCAAGUUUAUCAGGCGGAUGAACCCCCCAAGAGUUGUGAUUGACAAUGAUGCAUGUGAGCAUGCUACUGUAAUUAAGGUUGACAGUGUGAACAAGCAUGGAGUUCUCCUGGAUGUUGUCCAAGCUCUUACAGAUCUCAACCUCAUUAUAACAAAAGCGUAUAUGUCUUCUGACGGGGGAUGGUUCAUGGAUGUGUUCAACGUGACUGAUUAUGGUGGCAACAAAAUCAGAGAUGAACGAAUCCUCAACUACAUACAGAAGACUCUUGAAACUGAUGCCUGCUUCUUACCUUCAUUGAGAGACUCUGUUGGAGUGAUGCCCUCGUCUAAAGAGCAUACCUCAAUUGAACUAAUGGGUACUGAAAGACCUGGUUUACUGUCCGAACUAUGUGCAGUGCUCACAGAUCUCAGAUGUAACGUUGUGAAUGCUGAGAUCUGGACGCACAAUGAAAGAGCAGCAGCUGUGGUUCAUGUGACUGAUGAGUCGACAGGGUCUCCAAUUGAAGAAGAUUCUGAGCGACUAUCCAAAAUCAAGCAACUUUUGUGCUAUUUACUCAAAGGAAACAAUGGCCUGAGAACAGCAAAAAUGGCACUUUCACCCCCCGGAUUGAUUCACACAGAGAGAAGGUUACACCAGAUGAUGUUUGCUGACAGAGACUAUGAAAGGGUUGAAGGAAAAGGGAUGACCAGAGCCAAGGAUUGGAGUUCAAGACCUGAUGUUACUGUAUUGGACUGUAUUGAGAAGGACUACACUGUGAUUACUAUGAGGUCUAAAGACAGGCCAAAGCUCUUGUUUGACACCAUAUGCACUCUAACAGACAUGCAAUAUGUGGUGUUUCAUGGAACGGUGAACACAGCAAGGAUGGAAGCUUAUCAGGAAUACUAUAUCCGACAUGUUGAUGGGUUCCCUAUAAGGUCAGAAGCUGAGCAACAACGUCUGAGACAGUGUCUUGAAGCAGCGAUUGAGAGGCGCAGUUCAGAGGGAGUGGAGCUAGAACUGUGCACAGAAGACAGAGUUGGACUUCUGUCAGAUAUUACCAGGAUAUUCAGGGAGAAUAGUUUGUACAUCAAAAGAGCAAAGAUCUCAACAAAGGGUGGAAAAGCAAAAGAUACAUUCUAUGUUACAGAUGCAUCUGGUGACCCAGUUGAUCCCAAGGCCAUCGACUCCAUCUGCAGACAGAUUGGACAAACCAUACUGCAGGUGAAGCAGAGCUGGAGGAGCUUCUCCCCCAAACCUCCCAAGGAGACAAGAACUGCAGGCUUCCUUCUCGGGAACUUGUUUAAAACUAAUUUCAGAUUAAUUAGGUCGUGCUCCUAACAUCUUUGUACAUUAAUUAUUGUAUCAACUAUAUAUCAAGAAGAGCCUAUGUAGAAAUACCAAAAGGAGGCCGCCAUACACUGUUAAAAAUACUGCAGUCUGGUA